GGUCUGUGGAGCUGUAUGUAAAAUAGAAUGCCCUAUAGACACUAGGUAUUGCUUCAGAGUGUUCUAUAGCGAGAGUCUGGGUCCCCCACUUUUGGCUGCCGGGCUGUUCAUUAACGUAUGAUGAGCUAUUGGUCUGUGCUCAAUGGGCCGGGGAUUUGUCGUUCUGUAGCCGAAACCCAUAACCGCCCCUGCUGACUGCUCUCUUGACCUUUCAGUCAUGUGCUACAGGAAAAUAAGCAGUCCCAAACUAAUCAAACCGCUGGCUUGUGGUCAUAACUUCUGCAUGGUCUUUAUAGCCAACCCAGCUGGUAUCAAUGAAUUUAGUUCAUGUAUACUCCUGCAGGAUUAGUUAUCCUGGAUUACCAAUUUGUUCCAGUUUAUUUGCAAAAACACACCUAGUUACAUUUGAAGUACAUAACUGAUAACUAUGGACAUAUUGAACUUCACUGCCAAAUUUUGAUUUAUACUGAGUAUAUACUGUACAUGGUAGGCCUACUUGAUUUUCCCCCCCUGGCUGUGUAAUCCAUUUAUACCCUAAUGUUGUUUUAUCUGUUCUCUCAACAGAGGCAACAGACAUCAGUAAUGAUCUUAAUCUAAUAGUCACAGGGCACAGCCCUUGAAUAUGGCAACUGAGCAAGGCAGAAUAGCAAAAUCACUGAGAAAAAAAAAAAAGUUCUGGUAUUGUACCAUGAACAUAUAACAGUAGCCUACCAUGACACCUUACUUUGUUUGAUUAUUUACCGUUGUGGGCAUUGUUUUGGUAUUAGGCAAACUGUAACCACAGACAGUGUAUAUGUUACUAACUGCAUAGGUUAUGCUGCUUUAAAGUGAAAGCAGUCCAGUGUUACACAGAACGUAUUUUUCUAUUUUUGUAAUCUCACGGGAACUUACUCGUGGCGUCUGCCCAUAAAACGAGUGGCGUGCCACACCAGAGUCCAUCGCCUCGCCCCACCCCCGGUCGUGGUACAUGGAUGUUGCAGUCCAGCAUCCUCACCCCGUGUCCUCACAACGGAACUGACUCCGGCCGAAGAAGAAAGGGACACGCCGUCCUCCGCCUAAGCGACGCUCUUUCAGUAAGGUAUAGUUAAAUAACGUUUUAGAGAGUAUAUUGCAUACGAAGGAAACAAUGUUGCAUUAAACAGGAGUGCAUCUUUUUUGUGGACCUAAAGAUCUGUUACAUUAUUAAGUGGAGACACCAUGGCAAACAGAGGACCCAGUUAUGGUCUAAGUCGAGAGGUGCAGGAGAAGAUUGAUCAGAAGUACGACCCGGAUCUCGAAUCCAAACUGGUGGACUGGAUCGUCGUCCAGUGUGGGUCAAAUGUAGACAGACCGCAGCCAGGGAAACAGAAUUUCCAAGCCUGGCUCAUGGAUGGAACUCUACUCUGCAGACUCAUCAACAGUCUGUAUCCUCGUGGUAAGGAGCCCAUUAAGAAGAUAGCAGAAACUCAAAUGGCCUUCAAGCAGAUGGAGAAGAUCUCUCAGUUUCUGCAGGCUGCAGAGGCAUACGGCGUGAUCACCACAGAUAUUUUCCAGACUGUGGACUUGUGGGAAGCAAAGGACAUGGCUGCUGUACAGAGAACGCUGAUGGCCCUGGGAAGCCUAGCCCUAACCAAGGAUGACGGACAUUACCGUGGUGACCGUGACUGGUUUCACAAGAAAGCCCAGAGCAACCGACGUGACUUCUCAGAUGAACAGCUUCGACAGGGUCAGAACCUGAUCGGCCUUCAGAUGGGCAGCAACCGUGGUGCAUCUCAGUCCGGCAUGACCGGCUACGGUAUGCCACGGCAGAUCAUGUAAAAGUCCCCUAUCCCCAUACCCACCGGCAGGACCUUAACCUCACCAUAGUCACCACACAACGGAGGUGGAGAACUCCAGCUUCAGAACGUAGAAGUCCUGCCAUGUAUUGGUUUGUACACAGGUGACUUCACUAUUUAGCCGAUCUACCUGGCUACCUGGAGUUGAACUGAUUAAAAUCAGCUGAUUUAGUGAAUAGUUAAAGCUAAUUUGUGGCAGGACCUUUAUUGUUUGAAGCCAGAUGUUUCCACCUCUGCCACACAUGAUGCCGUGCAGUGUUGUUUAAGAGACUGUCUCCUUGCUCUACUCUGCAAAGAGAGAGAGACGUUUCUUUGGCAAGCAGGAGGCUUUCGGUUUACCAAAUGAAUGGAGUGGAAUUCUCCUCUUGGGAGUUCCUCAAUGUACUGCCGCUUAAGUGCGUUGAGAAGUAUUGCAGCAUGCUUAUAAUAUAUUAAUAAUUUGUUUUUGUUAUGUUAUUUAAAGUUCUGUGUCCUUUUCUGUUAUCAAGCAUUUUCAUGUUAUGUCAUGAGAAUCUAGAGAUGCAAGAGGUACUCCCAUGCUUCUUUUCAAAACUUGAAACCUAAACUUGAAAAGAUUGUAAUGCUGUUGCUGCCAAUUCAGUUUUUACCAAGUUUUGCAUCACUACGACAACACUAAUUUAUUCAUAUUUGUACUGCACUGUCUUCAUGUGUAUGUGCAUCAUGUUAAAGAGACUGGAAAUGCAUAUUUAUCUUUUGACGUUCAGUUUUUGAUUGUAUGUACAUUAUCAGAAUGCUUGUUUAUAUUUUGCUGCUUGUGAACGAAAGUGUUAAAUAAAAUAACAUAAUAUGCAAGAUGAA